CAGUUUCAUAGUCCUUUUCUUAUCCAAACUUCUAUCUCGCUCCAAUGGCUCUUCUUCGUCUUCCUCCCAUUUCCCUCCAAAUUCUAGGUCACCAAUCUGACCAAAAAUUCUCAAAUCCCAGACUUUCGCCAAGCAAUUUCUCUCUCAACUGGUCUACUGCUUCACUCUCUCUUCAUGGGACGUUUCUAGACUCAGUUCCAGCAAAAUGCAGAAAUCUUACCACUUACUUCUCCGCUACUACCCAAGAGCCAAUCCUCGAAUCUUCUUCUUCUUCUUAUUAUUAUUUUUCUUCUUCUACUGAGGAAGAGAUUUCUAAAACCAGAUUGAUUUCUCAGAACGUUCCAUGGACCUCUACACCUGAAGACAUAAGGUCGUUGUUCGAGAAAUACGGGAAUGUCGUCGACGUUGAGAUGUCUAUGCAUAAGAAGGAAAGGAAUAGAGGUUUGGUUUUCAUCGAAAUGGCUUCUCCUGAAGAAGCUGCAACAGCUCUUAAAGCUCUCGAAUCGUAUGAAUACGAGGGUCGUCGUUUGAAGGUAGACUAUGCGAAGACCAAAAAAAAGAAAACGUAUGCGCCCCGUGAGAAGCCUACGCCGGUGCCUACGUUCAAUUUGUUUGUUGCAAACUUGGCAUUUGAAGCAAGAGCCAAGCAUCUCAAGGAGUUCUUUGACGCAGACACUGGGAACGUUGUGUCCACUGAAGUUAUAUUCCAUGAAAAUCCGAGGAGGUCGAGUGGUUAUGGGUUUGUCGCUUUCAAAACAAAGAAAAUGGCUGAUGCAGCGCUUGUUGACUUCCAAGGAAAGGAUUUCAUGGGAAGACCAAUCAGAUUAGCUCGAAGCAAACAGUUUGUGAAGUUGCAAGCAAAAGAAGGUUUGCUGCCACCUGAUGAAGAGGAACCGUCUGAGUCUGAGACAAUGACCCAAGAGGACGAAACUCCAGCUGCAGAAAACUGAGAAAGGAUUAGUACUAGUGUGGUGUUGGAGUUAAAGAAAAAGCUUUGAGCCUACAGGUUUUGUUUUCUUAGUUUUUCGACCAACAAGAGGAGCGGUUACAUUACAUGUAACCAACCUGGGUUAGGUCUUGGGGAAGUAAGAAAGUACAAGAAAGGACGAGACCGAUCAGUUUCCGGCCAGAUCAAAUUUCAAGAAACAAAACCUAUGUGGCUCUGAGAACUUGCUAUAUUAAAAGUUAACACAUUGCUGUUUUUGUUUUGAUUGAUUGUUUGCAUUUGUCAUUAUGUUUAUGUGUAUCUUUUUGUUUUUUAAAUAAACCCUUAAUCCUUAUUAUCUACAAACCCUUAAGGCUCUUAAGUUAGAUGAUCUUCUAAAAUUGUCUAAGUAGCUUCUGAAAGAUAACAUUGUGGAUAGAGAAAUUGCAAACUUCAU